UGUAGCGAAAGCAAGAAGAUAUAUGGAGAAAGAAAUGGAGUACUCUUGGUCGGAAGCCACUAGUUCAGGCAAUCCUGAUGAGGAGUACGUCGAGAUCACACUCCAAGUGCGAGACAAUAGCAUCAGCACAAUGAAGUCCAAGGCGACACUUCGGUCGGUUCUUUCCGGGAGGCUAAAAACGAUGGUUAAGUCACUAUCGUUUGCUUCACCCCGGCUCGACCGUAGUAAGUCGUCCGGUGCUAUGUUCGCUCUUCGAGGUUUGAGGUUUAUCACCAAAAACGACGCCGUUGGCAGAGGCUGGGAUGAGGUUGCUAAGAGAUUUGAUGAGUUAGCCGUUGAAGGGAAGCUCCCCAAAUCCAAAUUUGGACACUGCAUAGGAAUGGUUGAAUCUUGCGAAUUUGUGAACGAGCUUUAUGAGGCGCUGGUGCGAAGGAGAGGGACUACGUCAUCGUCAAUAACCAAAACUGAAUUAUUGGAAUUCUGGGAGCAGAUCACAGGCAAUAGUUUUGACGCUAGGCUGCAAAUCUUUUUUGAUAUGGUGGACAAGAAUUUGGACGGACGUAUUACGGGAGAUGAGGUUAAAGAGAUAAUUGCAUUAAGUGCUUCGGCUAACAAACUAUCAAAGAUUAAGGAAAAAGUAGAUGAAUAUGCUGCCUUGAUCAUGGAAGAACUGGACCGCGACAACCUCGGAUACAUUGAGUUACACAACUUGGAAACAUUGCUUCUCCAAGUUCCUAGCCAAUCAGACAACAGUCCAUCGUCCGCGAACAAACGUGCACUCAGCAAGAUGUUGAGCCAGAAGCUCAUACCAACCAAAGAUCGGAACCCGCUGAAAAGAUUUGCUAGGAAUGUAUCUUACUUCUUCAUGGAAAAUUGGAAAAGGAUUUGGGUGUUGACAUUGUGGAUAUCCAUUUGCAUCGCUCUCUUCACUUGGAAAUUUCUCCAGUAUAGACGCAGAACAGUGUUCGAGGUGCUGGGCUACUGUGUAUCCGUUGCCAAAGGCAGUGCAGAGACCUUGAAAUUCAAUAUGGCUCUCAUUUUAUUGCCUGUUUGUAGGAACACUAUCACUUGGCUAAGGACCAAGUCCAAGCUUAUUGGGUCCGUUGUUCCAUUUGAUGACAAUAUCAAUUUCCACAAGGUUAUUGCGUUUGGGAUCGCGGUAGGAAUAGGCUUACACGCCAUAUCUCAUUUGGCAUGUGAUUUCCCACGUUUGUUGCAUGCGAGUAAUGUAGAGUUUGAGCCGGUGAAAAAGUUUUUCGGAGACGAGAGGCCUGACAAUUACGGGUGGUUCAUGAAAGGGACAGAUGGGUGGACCGGUGUCACUAUGGUGGUUCUAAUGGUUGUGGCCUACGUCUUGGCGCAGUCGUGGUUCAGACGCAACCGGGCGAACCUACCAAAACCGUUGAAACGAUUGACUGGUUUCAAUGCGUUUUGGUACUCGCACCAUUUGUUUGUCAUCGUUUAUGUGCUUCUAAUCGUGCAUGGUUAUUUUAUUUAUCUCUCUAAGGAAUGGUACCACAAGACGACGUGGAUGUAUCUGGCUGUUCCCGUGUUAUUGUACGCAUCAGAACGAUUGAUUCGUGCAUUUAGACCAGGUGCCAAGGCUGUCAAGAUUUUGAAGGUUGCAGUAUAUCCAGGAAAUGUACUUUCACUUUACAUGUCGAAGCCUAAAGGGUUCAAGUACACAAGUGGACAGUACAUAUAUGUUAACUGUUCUGACAUCUCGCCUUUACAAUGGCAUCCGUUUUCAAUCACUUCGGCUGCCGGGGAUGAUUACCUCAGCAUUCAUAUCCGCACGCUCGGUGACUGGACAUCGCAACUCAAAUCCUUAUUUUCCAAGGUUUGUCAACUUCCCUCAACAAGUCAAAGUGGACUCUUCAUAGCUGAGAUGGGUCAAGCCAAUAAUAUAACCAGGUUUCCGAGGCUGUUGAUCGAUGGUCCAUAUGGUGCACCAGCACAAGAUUACCGGAACUACGAUGUAUUGCUUCUGGUAGGUCUAGGGAUCGGAGCGACCCCAUUAAUCAGUAUAAUCAGGGACGUCCUUAACAACAUCAAGAACCAGAAAUCCAUCGAACAAGCCGCUAACCAUAAUGUAGUCCCUAUAAAAAACUAUGUUGCCACAAAAAGAGCUUACUUCUAUUGGGUAACAAGAGAGCAGGGAUCAUUGGAAUGGUUCAGUGAGGUCAUGAACGAGGUAGCUGAGUAUGAUAGUGAGGGGAUGAUUGAACUACAUAAUUACUGCACGAGCGUGUAUGAGGAAGGAGACGCGAGGUCAGCGUUAAUCACGAUGUUGCAGUCAUUGCACCAGGCCAAGAGCGGCAUUGACAUUGUAUCGGGCACUCGGGUCCGAACCCAUUUCGCUCGACCCGAUUGGCGUAGUGUCUUCAAGCACGUCGCUGUCAACCACGUUAAUCAACGAGUUGGAGUUUUCUACUGUGGUAAUACAUGCAUCAUAGGAGAGUUAAAGAGACUGGCUCAAGAUUUCUCUAGGAAAACUACGACCAAGUUUGAGUUCCAUAAGGAGAACUUUUAGUUCAAUUAUAUUAUUCAUCCAUCAUUAAUAUUUAUAACAACAUA